CCGCGCCCCCGCGCAUGCGCAGAACCGCCCAACCGUCCCGGCGCGGUCCGGUUUGAACUCCUGAGGGGAGCGCAGCCGCCAUGGACAGGCGGCUCUCCCGAAUCCCCGUGCACUCCCGGCCUCGCCACCCCGAGCCGUCCGCUGAAUUGCAAACGAAUUUUACUUCAAAGAAAAAAUGUGUCAGCAAAACAGCAGAGCCAGAGCUCAGCUUGGUUCCCGGUCUUAACUUUGCCUCAAACAUUCCAGCAGACAGUGUCUUCGAGCCUGCAAACCAAGGGUUGCCUAAGACUGACAAGAAAGUGGAACCGGUUUCAAAGAAGACAGUGGCCAAACGCCCUCUCAGCAGACACCAACUAGAAGCAGAGCUGAAAAACAAGAAUCAGUUGGUGGAAACACUCAAACAACAACUAGCAAGAGCAGAGGGCAAUAUUAAGUUAAGGGAGUUAAAGAAGGAGAAUGAGAGGCUGGUCCAUGAAGUUGAGAAGCUCAAGAAAAUUCAGGAGACUUGCAUGACGAUUUUAGAAAGCAGAAACAUCAAUCCUGGUAGCAACAUAGAGGAGGAAAAAGAGACGCGUGCUUGCUGGGAAAAGACAACAAUGCUAACUAAGAAGGUUACAGAAGAAUUGAUGCUAUUUUGUCACAGUGUUGCAAAAGAGAAGGAGAUGCUUGAGGCAGCCAUGGCCAGGUGGAAAUCAGCACAAGAGGAGAACCAGCAUGCCUUGGAGAAGCAGUCCUACGUUCAAGCUCAAAUUAAGGAAUGGAAAGCCAUAUUUGAAGCGCUGGGGAAUCUCCUGGCAAUGUGAGGCACAAGGAUGGACUGGGAUAUUUGCUGUUUCACCCCUAGUUCAGUGGUCCCUGUUUGUCAAGCCUAGUUCCUGUGUUUGGUGAUCUAAACGCCGAGCUGGUCGCUGCUCCCCGGCGGGGUAGGGACGGACGGGAGGCUGAGGCAGCAGCGAUGGCCGGUCAGCCUUGUGUCGGGCGUUCGCCGCUCUGCUCCGGUCUCCAGCGCUGGUGGUUUUAGUUCAUUAAACGUGUUCCAACGA